GGCUCGCCGGGCUCAGCCGCUGUCCUGCCGAGCGGAGCGGCACCCCGAGCGCGGGGGAAAGCGGAGAGGGGGUGGUCGCGCCCCCCAGCCCCCCAGCGCCCAGCGCCCAGCCCCCAGCGCCCAGCCCCGCGGGCGGGAUGUGCCCCCGGCUGUGCCCGGCCGGCGCGCGCGAGUGAGGCGACUCGGAGCAGACAAAAGGCGGCGCUGGGGACGGGGCAGUUCCGGAGACGCGGGGUCCCGGGCGGCCGGGCCCGGGCGAUGGGCGCCGGACAGCCCCGCGGGCUCGGGCUCGGGCUCCGGCGGGCCGCGCCGUGACGCUGACCCCCGCCGCCGCGCGCGCGCUGGACGCCCGGGGCGCACGCCCGGGAACAAUGGACAGCUUCUUCCCCGAGGGAAGCCGGGUCUGGCUGAGGGAGAACGGCCAGCACUACCCCAGCACCGUGAACUCCUGCGCCGAGGGCGUGGUGGUCUUCCGGACGGACUAUGGCCAGGUUUUCACGUACAAGCAGAGCACAAUUACUCAUCAGAAGGUGACCGCUAUGCACCCCAUGAACGAAGAGGGCGUGGACGACAUGGCCACGUUGACCGAGCUGCACGGGGGUUCCAUCAUGCACAACUUACACCAGCGAUACAAGAGAAACCAGAUCUACACCUACAUCGGCUCCAUCAUCGCCUCGGUGAACCCCUACAAGCCCAUCGGGGGGCUGUACGAGCCCAGCACCAUGCACCGCUACAGCCAGAGCCACCUGGGCGAGCUGCCCCCACACAUCUUCGCCAUCGCCAACGAGAGCUACCGCUGCCUGUGGCGGCGGCGUGACAGCCAGUGCGUGCUCAUCAGCGGCGAGAGCGGCGCGGGCAAGACCGAGUGUACCAAGCUGGUGCUCAAGUUCCUGUCGGCCGUCAGCCAGCAGUCCCUGGAGCUGCAGGACAAGGCGUCAUGCGUGGAGCAGGCCAUCCUGGAGAGCAGCCCCAUCAUGGAAGCGUUCGGCAACGCCAAGACCGUGUACAACAACAACUCCAGCCGCUUCGGGAAGUUCGUGCAGCUGAACAUCUGCGAGAAGGGAAAUAUUCAGGGCGGGAAGGUGGUCGAUUGUAUCCUGCUUCCUAACCGAGUCGUCAGGCAAAAUCCGGGGGAGAGGAAUUAUCACAUAUUCUAUGCGCUGCUGGCAGGGCUGGGACCCCAGGAGAAAGAAGAAUUUUAUUUAUCUGUACCAGAGAAUUACCACUACUUGAACCAGUCCGGUUAUAUGGAAGACAAGACAAUCAGCGACCAGGAGUCCUUCCGGGAAGUGAUCACGGCGAUGGAGGUGAUGCAGUUCCGGAAGGAGGAGGUGCAGGAGGUGCUGCGUCUGCUGGCCGGCAUUCUGCAUCUGGGGAACAUAGAGUUCAUCACUGCCGGGGGCGCACAGGUCUCCUUCAAGACGGCCCUGGGCAGGUCUGCGGAGUUGCUGGGGCUGGACCCGGUGCAGCUCACGGAUGCGCUGACGCAGAGGUGCAUGUUACUACGCGGGGAGGAGAUCCUCACGCCACUCAACGUGCAGCAGGCGAUCGAUAGCAGGGACUCCUUGGCCAUGGCACUUUAUGCUCGCUGCUUCGAGUGGGUGAUCAAGAAGAUCAACAGCAGGAUCAAAGGCAAAGAGGACUUCAAAUCCAUCGGCAUCCUGGACAUCUUUGGGUUUGAAAACUUUGAGGUUAACCACUUUGAGCAGUUCAAUAUAAACUAUGCAAAUGAGAAGCUGCAGGAAUAUUUCAACAAGCAUAUUUUUUCUCUAGAACAACUGGAAUAUAGCAGAGAGGGCUUAGUGUGGGAAGAUAUCCACUGGGCGGACAAUGGAGAGUGCCUGGACUUGAUCGAGAAGAAACUCGGCGUCCUGGCGCUCAUUAAUGAAGAGAGCCACUUCCCGCAAGCCACCGACAGCACCUUAUUGGAGAAGUUACACAACCAGCACGCUAAUAACCAUUUUUACGUGAAGCCCAGAGUUGCCGUAAACAAUUUUGGAGUGAAACACUACGCCGGAGAGGUUCAGUAUGAUGUUCGGGGCAUCUUGGAGAAAAACAGAGAUACUUUUAGGGAUGAUCUUCUCAACUUGCUAAGAGAAAGCCGCUUCGACUUCAUCUACGAUCUCUUCGAACACGUUCCCAGCCGCAACAACCAGGACACCCUGAAAAGUGGAAGCAAACACCGCCGGCCCACUGUCAGCUCCCAGUUCAAGGACUCCCUGCAUUCCCUGAUGGCAACGCUGAGCUCCUCGAACCCUUUCUUUGUCCGCUGCAUCAAGCCAAACAUGCAGAAGAUGCCAGACCAGUUCGACCAGGCGGUCGUCCUCAACCAGCUGCGCUACUCGGGGAUGCUGGAAACGGUGAAGAUCCGCAAAGCCGGCUACGCCGUCCGGAGGCCCUUUCAGGAUUUUUACAAAAGGUAUAAAGUGCUGAUGAGCAGCGUGGCCCUGCCCGAGGACGUCAGGGGCAAAUGCAUGGCCCUUCUGCAGCUCUACGACGCCUCCAGCAGCGAGUGGCAGCUGGGCAAGACGAAGGUGUUCCUUCGAGAAUCCCUGGAGCAGAAGCUGGAGAAGAAGCGGGAGGAGGAAGUGACUCGGGCGGCGAUGGUGAUCCGGGCGCACGUGCUGGGCUACUUGGCACGGAAGCAGUACAGGAAGGUGCUGGGCUGCGUGGUGAUAAUCCAGAAGAACUACAGGGCGUUCCUGUGGAGGACGCGCUUCUUGCGCCUCAAGGAAGCGGCCGUCGUUUUCCAGAAGCAGCUCCGAGGGCAGCGGGCGCGCCGCGUUUACAGACAGCUGCUGGCCGAGAAGCGGGAGGAGGAGGAGAAGAGGAGACGGGAGGAGGAGGAGGAGAGAGAGCGGGAGAGGAGGAGGAGAGAAGAGGAGCUCCGUGCCCAGCAGCUGGAACAGGCCCGGCGGCAGCAGGAGCUGGAGGCCCUGGAGCAGCGGCAGCGCGAGGCCGAGCGGGCGCGGGAGCUGGAGGCGCAGAAGGAGAACAGGCAGGUGGAGGAGAUCCUGCGGCUGGAGAGGGAGAUCGAGGACCUGCAGCGCGUGAAGGAGCGGCAGGAGCUGGCGCUGACCGAGGCGUCGCUGCAGAGGCUGCAGCAGCUGCGGGACGAGGAGCUGCGGCGGCUGGAGGACGAGGCCUGCCGGGCCGCCCAGGAGUUCCUGGAGUCGCUCAACUUCGCCGAGAUCGACGAGUGUGUCCGCAACAUCGAGCGCUCGCUGUCGGGGGCACCGCCGGCCCCAGCGGCGGCCGCGCCGGGCUUCAACUUCAGCCAGCCCUACCCCGAGGAGGAGGUGGACGAGGGCUUCGAGGCGGACGACGACGCCUUCAAGGACUCGCCCAACCCCAGCGAGCACGGCCACUCGGACCAGCGCACCAGCGGCAUCCGCACCAGCGACGAGUCCUCCGAGGAGGACCCCUACAUGAACGACACGGUGGGGCCCGCCAGCCCCGGCGCCGCCAGCACCGCACGCCUGGCGCCCUCCGAGCCCGACGACGCCUCCUCCGGGGAGCCCACCUACUGCCUGCCGCAGGGCGCCGGCGGCCUGCCCGGCCCGGACGGCGACUACGACUACGACCAGGACGACUACGAGGACGGCGCCGUGACGUCGGGCAGCAGCGUGACCUUCUCCACCUCCUGCGGCAGCCAGUGGUCGCCCGACUACCGCUGCUCUGUGGGCACCUACAACAGCUCGGGCGCCUACCGCUUCAGCUCCGAGGGGGCCCAGUCCUCGUUCGAGGACAGCGAGGAGGACUUCGACACGCGCUUCGACACGGACGACGAGCUGUCCUGCCGGCGGGACUCCGUGUACAGCUGCGUCGCCCUGCCCUACUUCCACGGCUUCCUCUUCAUGAAAGGUGGCCUCAUGAACUCCUGGAAGCGCCGCUGGUGCGUGCUCAAGGACGAGACGUUCCUGUGGUUUCGCUCCAAGCAGGAGGCCCUCAAGCAGGGCUGGCUGCACAAGAAGGGUGGCGGCUCGUCCACGCUGUCCCGCAGGAACUGGAAGCGGCGCUGGUUCGUCCUGCGCCAGUCAAAGCUGAUGUACUUCGAGAACGACAGCGAGGAGAAGCUCAAGGGCACGGUGGAAGUCCGCCUGGCCAAAGAGAUCAUCGAUAACACCAGCAAGGAGAACGGGAUCGACAUCGUCCUGGCCGACAGAACUUUCCACCUGAUCGCUGAGUCCCCCGAAGACGCCAGCCAGUGGUUCAGCGUCCUGAGCCAGGUGCACGCCUCCACCGACCAGGAGAUCCGGGAGAUGCACGACGAGCAGGCCAACCCGCAGAACGCCGUGGGCACUCUGGACGUGGGGCUCAUUGAUUCCGUGUGCGCCUCCGACAGCCCUGACAGACCCAACUCCUUCGUGAUCAUCACGGCCAACCGCGUCCUGCACUGCAACGCCGACACACCCGAGGAGAUGCAUCACUGGAUCACCCUGCUGCAGCGCUCCAAGGGCGACACACGCGUGGAGGGCCAGGAGUUCAUCGUCAGAGGGUGGCUGCAUAAAGAGGUCAAGAACAGCCCGAAGAUGUCCUCGCUGAAGCUGAAGAAGCGGUGGUUCGUGCUCACCCACAACUCGCUGGAUUACUACAAGAGCUCGGAGAAGAACGCCUUGAAGCUGGGCACCCUGGUCCUCAACAGCCUCUGCUCCGUGGUUCCUCCGGAUGAGAAGAUCUUCAAGGAGACAGGUUACUGGAACGUCACCGUGUACGGGCGGAAGCACUGCUACCGACUCUACACCAAACUGCUCAAUGAGGCCACACGGUGGUCCAGCGCCAUCCAGAACGUGACGGACACCAAGGCCCCGAUCGACACCCCCACCCAACAGCUCAUUCAAGAUAUCAAGGAAAACUGCCUGAACCUGGAUGUGGUGGAGCAAAUCUACAAGCGGAACCCCAUCCUGCGCCACACCCAUCACCCGCUGCACUCACCGCUGCUGCCUCUGCCCUAUGGCGACAUCAACCUCAACCUGCUGAAGGACAAAGGCUACACCACGCUGCAGGACGAGGCCAUCAAGAUCUUCCACUCGCUGCAGCAGCUGGAGUCCAUGUCCGACCCCGUCCCCCUCAUCCAGGGCAUCCUGCAGACGGGCCACGACCUGCGGCCACUGCGGGACGAGCUCUACUGCCAGCUCAUCAAACAGACCAACAAGGUGCCCCAGCCGGGCAGCCCGGGCAACCUCUACAGCUGGCAGAUCCUCACCUGCCUCAGCUGCACCUUCCUGCCCAGCCGGGGCAUCCUCAAGUACCUCAAGUUCCACCUGAAGAGGAUCCGGGAGCAGUUUCCCGGGACGGAGAUGGAGAAGUACGCGCUCUUCAUUUACGAGUCGCUGAAGAAAACCAAGUGCCGCGAGUUCGUGCCGUCCCGGGAUGAGAUCGAGGCACUGAUCCACAGGCAGGAGAUGACGUCCACCGUGUACUGCCACGGUGGCGGCUCCUGCAGGAUCACCAUCAACUCCCACACCACGGCCGGGGAGGUGGUGGAGAAGCUGAUCCGCGGCCUGGCCAUGGAGGACAGCAGGAACAUGUUCGCCUUGUUCGAGUACAACGGGCACGUGGAUAAGGCCAUCGAGAGCCGCACCGUCGUGGCUGACGUCUUGGCCAAGUUUGAAAAGCUGGCAGCCACGUCUGAAGGCGGCGACCUGCCCUGGAAGUUUUACUUCAAGCUUUACUGCUUCCUCGACACCGACCACGUCCCCACAGACAGCGUGGAGUUUGCGUUCAUGUUUGAGCAGGCCCACGAGGCGGUGAUCCAGGGCCUCUACCCGGCCCCCGAGGAGAACCUGCAGGUGUUGGCAGCCCUGCGGCUACAGUACCUGCUGGGCGACCAGUCCCCACAGGCCGCUGUGCCAGCCCUGGAUGAGGUGUACCCGGUGCAGAGGCUCAAGGCGCGCAUCAGCCAGUCCACCCGGCCCUUCGUGCCCUGUGAGCGGCUGGAGAAGCGCCGGACCAGCUUCCUGGAGGGCACACUCAGGCGCAGCUUCCGCACAGGGCCUGCGCCCCGGCCCCGGGCCGAGGAAGAGCAGAUGCUGGACAUGUGGGUGAAGGAGGAGGUGUCCUGCGUGCGCGCCAGCGUCCUUGACAAGUGGAAGAAGUUCCAGGGCAUGAAGCAAGAGCAGGCCAUGGCCAAGUAUAUGGCCCUGAUCAAGGAGUGGCCCGGCUACGGGUCCACGCUCUUUGACGUGGAGUGCAAGGAAGGCGGCUUCCCCCAGGAGCUGUGGCUGGGCGUCAGCGCGGACGCCGUCUCCGUGUACAAGCGUGGGGAGGGCCGGCCGCUGGAGGUCUUCCAGUACGAGCACAUCCUCUCUUUCGGGGCGCCCCUGGCCAACACGUACAAGAUCGUGGUGGACGAGCGGGAGCUGCUCUUCGAAACCAGCGAGGUGGUGGACGUGGCCAAGCUCAUGAAGGCCUACAUCAGCAUGAUCGUGAAGAAGCGCUACAGCACCUCGCAUUCUAUCGGUAGCCAGGGCAGCGCCCGGUGAGGGAGCCGCGGCCUCCCCGGCCCCCGCCAGGCUCCCCUCCAGCCCAAGGGACACUGCGCCCAGCGGGCGCCUCCCCUCCCUCUGCCCGACUUCCAAAGCUUUACUCCUCCGAGACGACACUUGCCUUAAGAGAGCCGUGGCGAGCCACGGUUGUGCCUUACCUCGCCAGCACCGUGCUGCUGAGAGCAGGGAGCACCCCCCGCCCCACCCCUGGGGGCCACGGGUGGGGGUGCGGGUGGGGCUGUCCGUCUGUCUGUCCGUUCUUUGCACUGACCUUCCCCGCCUGACUUCCCGACUUAGAGGGAGGGUGAGGGAGAGGGGA